GGGCGGGAUACAGUGCCCGACCCAACCGGGGUGGAAAUUUAGCGGGCUCGCUCGGUCCCGCGGGUGACGGAGUAGAUGCCAGGGCAGGAGCUCGCGUGCGCUCCGUGUCCCACCCGUAGCGAGGAGCGGAUCGGCCAUGUCCUUCGUUUAACUCUUGGUGAAGUCUAGGAUGAAAUCGGCUCCCAAAAGACUGGCCCUCGUAUUGUCACGAGCUUAGCACCGCUUGGCCGCCAUGCAGGCGAAGAAAUCCAGAUAAAAAGAAGUAUUUGACUACACAGUUUUGGACAGAACCUCAGAGGCAUCAGAACAGGUGAAUAAAAAAGAUGCUAAUGUUUGACCCAGUCCCUAUCAAGCAAGAAGCCAUGGAGCCUGUUUCAGUGUCAUACCCAUCCAAUUACCUGGACCAAAUGAAACCAAACAAAUACGGCGUCAUUUAUUCUACACCAAGUAUGUUGCACAAUAAAUUCUACUCAAAUCCUGAAGGACUAUCAAAUGGAAUCCAGAUGGAGCCAGUAGACCUUACGGUAAAUAAACGGAGCUCACCACCUUCAACUGGAAGUUCUCCUUCCCCUCUAAAAUUUCAGACUGCGCAUAGGAGAAGUUCACCUGGAUUGACUCUGUCCUCACCCAGCUCACCUCUCAGUAAAUUCACACCAUCGCCCCCAGGAGUACAGCCUCUUUCUAUGCCAAUCACAAUCCCGCCUGUAAUGGCCGCUGCUCUUUCACGACACGGACUGAGAAGCCCUGGGAUACUCCCAGUUAUACAGCCUGUUGUGGUCCAGCCAGUUCCUUUCAUGUAUGCUCCCCAUCUCCAGCAGCCCAUCAUGGUGUCCACAGUUCUUGCAGAUGAGAUGGAAACUCCAAGUAGCAUGCAAGUGCCUGUCAUUGAGUCUUAUGAGAAGCCCACACUCAAGAAAACAAUCAAAGUAGAGCCAGGAAGCGAACCAUCGAAGACUGACUUCUAUCCUGAACAAAUGUCACCUCCAAUGAUGACCUCGUUGUCUCCUCAGCAAGUAAUGUUGCAAGAGAAUCACCCUUCAGUUAUAGUUCAGCCAGGAAAGAGACCUUUACCUGUGGAAUCUCCAGACACACAAAGAAAACGCAGAAUACAUCGAUGUGAUUAUGAAGGCUGCAACAAAGUCUACACUAAAAGCUCCCACCUGAAAGCUCACCGAAGAACCCAUACAGGAGAAAAACCAUACAAAUGCACUUGGGAGGGAUGCACGUGGAAGUUUGCUCGUUCCGAUGAACUAACGCGGCAUUUCCGCAAGCACACAGGAAUCAAACCCUUCCAGUGUCCAGACUGUGACCGUAGCUUUUCACGUUCGGACCAUCUUGCUCUUCACAGGAAACGCCACAUGCUAGUCUGAAUGUCUUCUGUCCCUGACUCCUGCCACACUUCUUUUGUUUUUUACACAUGCAUUUUAAUUUGGAUUCAGCUGGUCUGGAUCUCUGAGUUUAUACCAUUAAAAGCUUACGUAUGGUCAGUAACAGAUGUUAUCUAACCCUUCCAUGUCCUUGCCACGGGUCAGACCUAAAGAAUGUGAACACUUCUUUUUUUUCUCCAGGGGAUGCUAAGCAAACCCUUUCUGCAUUCAGUAUGUUUAUUGUAUUUCAUUUGUGAAUAAGGGAAUGUUUAAACCAACAGUUUUUGUUGGUUUCUUCGUAUAAUCAACCCAGCAUAUACUGAUAAAAUAGUAAAUGUUAUUGAAUAUCCGAAAUGCUAGUCCUUGCCAGAGACUGUUAUUUAUGUACCCUGUAAGGGAUACACUGUCAUUUUAUGCUCAACAAUGCAAUUAAUGGACUCUCCCAGAUAUGCUGAUUUCUGCAGUAUGGUUAAUACAACAGUUUUAGAAAGACGCCUGAUUUAGAAAUCCCUUCUGCCCAAACAGUGAGUAAUGCUGAGGAAAUAAAUCUAAACAGUAUAAUUACUUUACAGAAAGAUUGAGUCAUAGUAUCAUUUUCCCCAGUCAAGAAGAAAAAUGGGCAGGAAUUGGUCCGUACCUAAUACUGUGCAUCUAAACCAAUGUCAUCUGUAUUAUAGUGUAGUAUAUAUCCUUGUUUUUGUUGCAUAAUUCCCCAGUGGAUUUGUUAAAGGAAGACUUGGUGUGACUCUGUAUGUCUGGUUUCUAUGCAAGGGUAUGAAUGGAACACACACAGUUGAGGAAAUGGCUUGAAGCUGAGUAAGGGGGUUUACCAUGAAGAAGUUUUUCACCCAGAGGGUGGUCGGGCACUGGAACUGGCUUCCCAGGGAAGUGGUCACAGCAUCAAGCCUGUCUGAGCUAAGCAUCUGGGCAAUGCGCUCAGGCACAUGGUGUGACUUUUGGGGUGUCCUGUGCAGGGUCAGGAGUUGGACUCAAUGAUCCUGAUAGGUCCCUUCCAACUCAGCAUAUUCUGUGAUUCUGUGAUUCUAUGGUACUCUCCUGUGAUUUGGCAUUAAAUGACAUUCAUGGAAACCUAUUGCACCUCAUUUCAGGAAUAUAGAUUAUCCACCUCCAAUUGUGCCCCUGCAUUUCUUUUAAAUAAUUUUUCUCUUUGCUUUACUUCAGAAAAUAACUUAAGUCAAAAAUGCUCUCAACUGUAUUGUUGUGAGUACCACUGCAAUACACUACAGUAUUUAAAAUUAUUGAUCCACAAUGUUUUUAUGAGAAGAUGGCAUCAGUUUUGAAGUACUUCUGAUGAUAAAUUUAGUCAUGUAUCUGUUUUGGAUAAAAGCUUAUACCAAAUCAUCCAGUUCCUAACUCUGAUUUGUGACUCUUGUAGUCUCUUGGUGGUAGGUACAACUACUUCCCUGUGGAUGUGUCUAUUGCAUUAAAACCAUGCCUAUUAGCAAACAGAACUCCAUAGGUAUAAGAAAUUUAUUUCAAGCAACCUGCAGUUGCCCCUAGAAAUGUUCCUGUCUGGGAGCCCUCUGAAAGGAAAGUUUCUGUUUGUAUUAGCUGGCAGACUUUGUGGCAGGUAACAGUUUUUUGGUCAGUUCUUUUGUGUGCAAGGAAACAGGAUGUAUUUCUCUAUGCUCUCACACACGAGCGCAUUUUCCUUCCGUGCCUGGUGUAAGGUAACCACCAUUCCCUGUACAUUAAACAUACUGAAGUCAGCAUUUCCUUUCUUGUGGAAAAAAUCAGUGAACAAUGGAGGCGUGAGGGGAGGAAGAGUUUCAUAGAACUCUGCAGCAGACAGGUGGAGUGUCCAUCUGCAGGUGGGUAUAUUUGAGCUUGUGGAGCAGGUAGACUGUGCUUCUGUAUCCAGUGGAGCCUAAUGCCAAAACUCUUGAAGAUUCAAGAGUGUGAGUGCAAAGAGCCUUUAUUUGGUGAUAGGGCUUUACCAGCUGUUCUGACAUCCAUAUGCCUGUGAAAUUAGAGGAGGGGUCUGUACUUCCUGUGGAAAAACGCUCUGACAGCAGUUGCUCUGUUUCAGCUCCAUACAUCUUCACCACCUCCAUAGGGCUAUAUCUGGUGUCUUGUGAGUGCCUCAUCUGCUCACCUGUGGUGCUGAAACACCUGGCACGUGAAUCAGUCUUUUUUCUUUCUUGGUAGGCCAGAUUGUUAGUGACAUUGAGAAACUUGUAGGAAAGAAACUGAUUUUAAUGAGCAGCUGUUCCAGAAUGUGGACUUGUUUUACAUUUUUUUUGUCAUUGGUAGCAGAAUUUGCUCUAGGUUUUAAUGGUAAUUUUGUAAAUCCAGACACAUCACGGGCUGAGAGGCUGUGUAGAGGGAGCCCUGUGGCAUCAGUCACAGGUCUACAGACAUUUAGUACCCUGGGAUGAAAACAUUUCUCUGUUCUGUUGUAGAGGGGAAAAAAUCAGAUACUAUAAAUAUAAGCACCUUAAUGGAAACUGGUCCCAUUUUUACCUUAAAAAUGCAAAUUUAGAAAAUUAAGGAUGUUUAAGGAACAUUUCUUUCUAAUGCUGUGUAUUGCUUUUGAGGCUUACAUAAAAUGUUUUCAUUAAUAUGUUUUUUAAUAUUUUUUAAAUCAAUAUUUUUUAAAACCUAAAAGCAGAACUUCUUUGUAACUAAGAGUUACUUCAGAUAAUUUAGUCUAGGUUAUUUGUCAUGUUAAUUCAUUAUCUUAUGUACCUUUUUCCUGAAAAUAUUUAUGCUAAUGAUGGGGUCAAAUACAGUGGAGAUUGAGUGGAACUUUCAAAUUUCAUCCAUGUGUCUUGCGAAUUAGGACAACAAAUUUAAAUAUUAAAUAUAAGUAUUUGAUAUUAUUACAUGAUGAGGCCUUCCUUGUAGGAUUUUUCAUUUGUCUGUGGUGUCUUUGUGGGAUGUCUAAAAAGUCACAAACAAAUACACUUUUAUCUGAAUGUAAAUUUACAUCUUAACCAGCUCAUUGGUUCAUUUUAACAAGCUUUGGGCUUGAGGGAUACCUUGCAAUUUUUAAAUAUACUCAAUUAAAUACUUUCCAAAACCAAUCAUUCCAUCUAUACCCUGAAGAAUAGCCAGUUUAGACAGAAAAUCUUAAUCCUGGAGAAUAUGUAAACCCCCCUUUACUUCCUAACAGUAUUGCACUGUGCAGUGUGUAGCAGUAAUACUGUUUUACUAAAAUGUGCCUGCUUAAGCCAUUUGAUUAUAAUAAAUUACUAGUUUCUAAUACAAUUGCAAGAAACUAAGCAGGUAUUAAUGUAUGUAGUUUAUUUAAAUAUAGACGCAGCAUUCUGCAGUGAUACCUCUAAUGCCAUAUCUUGUUCAAAUAUGUCGUCUCUGUCAAGGUUAGCAACAUAUAGAUGAAUACAAAUCCUUUCUAAAAAAUUUACAAAGCAUUUUACAUCUCUUAAGAGGGCUACACCAGUUUUCAUUAUAUUUUACAGAUGUUAGCACUUAAUGUACUUUAGAAGGUCAAAAUAAUCUUUUUGCUUAGCAUCUCUCACCUGCAAAUAUAGCAAGGAUUUUUAUUUACUUUAAUACUUCUAUAAACUAUGCAGAAUUUUUAAAAUAAAAUGUAAUAUAUUUUAUAAGCUAAUAAGACGAAAUGGCUAAUUAAAGGUUUCUAGCGUGCAUUACUAUAACUUGCAAAUACAGAGACAUUUUGGUAAUCUUUUCUUACUAAAGAUGUGAAUGUUUAAUGUACUUUCACUGUUUCUACUUUGGUAGUCCAAUGGGAAUUCAGUAAUGACAUUUUGUCAUGUCAAACUGUGAACAUAAAUUUGUACUGUACAGUCCUCAUACUAUAUUUAGUAUAUUUAGUGUAUUCAGUAUAUUUAGUAUACAGUGCAUAUGUAUUAUACUUGUUAAUAAAACACUCAGAAUGUU